CUGUCUGCUGGGGGAUUCUUGGGUAAAAUUUAAAAUGGCGUCGAGUAGCUCGACGGGAGGGCGAGGGAUCGCUGUGAAACAACCUAGGGAAAGAGGACGCAUCAGUAAAGCCACUGAAGCACCCUCUGAUGCUACGAUGCAUGUUGGUGAACCACGUGCUGUGGUGGGAAACCAGUUCUACAAGGAGGCACUGGAAAAUGCUUCCCACUUCAAUGCUCGAGUGGUUAUGGAGCGGAAGAUGCGGCUCCCCUUCCUGGACACCCUGACAGGAGUCGCCCAGACCAACUGCUCGCUGUGGAUGAGUCAGAGCCAGCGCAGGCCGGGCAUCGCUCCCGGGCAGAUCUACACAUUUCCCGCCAAGAGAUGGCGCAAAAAACGUAGAGCGUACUUUGCCCAAGUGAACCCCCCACUGACUCAGGGUGAGGUACAGGAUGUAGAGAUACAGGAGGGAGAAGCAGCCAAGGAUGCGACCUUGGAAAACGCCCUGGGACUCGACAGUGAAGCUGCGAACAACCUGAUAGAUUCUGUAUUGAAGGACUCGGAAGAUUCCAAGGAUGCGGUAGAUGAAAUCGACGACAUUCCAGAUGCUGGAGAACUGGAGGACAGCUCCAGUAGCGAUGAUGAAACCUACACCAGGAGGAAAAGAAAAGGGUAAGAGGAGCCUCCACCCCCGCCUGAUGACAGAGACAAGCCGUAUGCCUGUGAAUGGUGUGGGAAGAGGUAUAAGAACCGUCCAGGGCUGAACUACCACUACACACACUUCCACAACGGGGAGAUCCCUGACAGUGGGAAGGAAGAGGACUCCCCCCCACCCAGACAGGCUAAUGGAGACGGGGACGAAAGUGGAUCUGAGGAUAUACCCUAUGGAGAAAAGAGAGCCAAGGGUUCAGGACCCAGUAACUACUGUGACUUCUGUCUGGGAGAUGAGAAGGAGAACAAAAAGAGCGGAAUGCCAGAGGAGCUCAUAUCUUGUUCUGACUGCGGUCGCUCAGGUCACCCAACGUGCCUUCAGUUUACACCUCACAUGACCGAGUCAGUGAAAAAGUACCGCUGGCAGUGUAUCGAGUGCAAGUCCUGUCAUCUGUGUGGAACCUCCGAGAACGAUGAUCAGCUGUUGUUCUGUGAUGAUUGUGACCGUGGCUACCACAUGUACUGUCUGUCUCCUCCACUCAGUGCACCUCCUGAAGGCAGCUGGAUUUGUAAGCUCUGUGAGGAUGAGAGGAAAGGCAUCAUCCACCCACCUCAGAACGGCCAGACAGUGGCAGCACCCCUCCCACACCCAAUGCCAUGACAACAGUUGCCAUGGCAACACACAGUUGUCAACUCAGCAUCGUCGUGAACACUGGUGGAAGAGGAUGUGUUUAGGGGGAAGAUGUGACUUUGGAUCAAGCUUGACAGAGCUGUGUAUAUAUUUGUACAACUUAGCAAAGACUGUCAGGCCUGUGAUGCCUACAAGCAUAUCAAUGAUCUUACCUCAGCUGACUCCCAUUGGACAGGUCAUCUUUGGAAUUUCUUUUAUAGACUGUGAUUGACUUAAUUAGUCUUCAGGCACACUGGGAUCAAGCUCUGUUCAACAGCAUUUUUAGUAUCUGGAGUGUUGACUUGGGUCAGUGGUGUUUUUUUUUCUCUGACUCUAGCAGCACAGGCUUGGCAAAUAAGUAAAUUGUACCUGUACAUGUGAGGAGGCCCUGUCAUCUAAAGGUGAAAUCAUCUUUACUUGGGUUUGACAGAAUAUUAGACAAACUUAAGAACAAACAUGCAGACUUGCUACUUUUUACUGAAAUCUAUGUUCAUGAUAUUUUGAGAAGACGAAGUUACCCAAAUCUGCUUCCUUCCUAUUUCUUGUCGUGUUGGGUCUUGUUCAUGAGAGAUUAUUAUAAACUGAACCCUGACAUUGUUGUGAUUGUUAAAAAUGGUAUGAUUCCUAUUCCUAAUGGUUGACCCCACUUCCAAAUGUCUACUGACAAUGUCACCAACAUUUUGACACAGAGGUUAUAUAUCACAGUUACCAUGUACCAUACAUGUAUUUAUAUGAAAAGCUGGAGAUGUGUUGUUAUGAAAAGGUCCUAUCAUGAAUAUGUUUCCCAGUCAAAGUCCCAUUAUGUCAUAAGUUCAUACAAUGGUGUACUAAGAUAAAUAUCUUUUGUGAUGUCACUAAUUUAGACAACCCACUUUAUAACUAUAGAUGUCAUAGAAUUGCCUUUGGGUGUGGGCACUGUUUUGAGAUUAACUUUAUGAAUGAUUCAUUUGAUCAUUUCUGGCUUCUGACAUUGUCUUUUCCAUUUAAAAAAUUGCAGAUUUUCUUUGAUAACAUUUAUUUUGUAUUUAGAUAAUAGCUUAUUCAUUUAUUAUUUGAACUAAAAAGUAGUAUAACUGUCAUGUAGAUAACGUUACAGUUGUUUUGAGCUAUCAUUCUAACACUGCAUUCUUACUUUUCUUUAUCCUAUGAGGUUCUUGGUUUAUCCUUACUCUUUUUAUUAAUAAAGUUUAUUAAUAGUGAUUUGUUUUUGUUUUGUUUGUAGAGCUCAAGUACAUUUUGUAGCAAGUAUACUUUCAGGAGAAAGUGGUUGAUAAACUUUUCAACUCAUGUUUUCUAAUAAAAGUAACUUGAACUCAAGAGUAAGUGAUAUGAUUCUUUUUGGUAAAUAUGAGAGGUUAUGAAGUGUUAGCAUGAUUGACUGUUACUUUCUGAAGGGCUUUGAAGGGAAAUUUUUUAGCAUCCCUGAGAACCACUUGUAUAUAGCACCCUUUCUGGAGUGUGGGGCCACUGAUGACUUCAUUCUGUACUAUAAUUUAAUUUGCACCUUGAACGCAAGAGUCUAUUUUCUGUACAUCAGGAAGGACUGUAUAUAAAGUACUUCACAUGAA